ACUGCAUUCUUGGACUGCAACAAUCAAGGCUGGAGCUAUAUGAAGCUUCAUUUCUUCCAUCUCAGAACUCAAUGAAACUAAUGCUUUUGUCUCCAAGUUGAUCUUCAGCCUUCAGGUCUUCGUACUUAUCCAUCUCUAGGUGUCUCAAAUUGUCAUAAUGGUUCUUAAAUGUUUAUGCUUUGGUGAUUGGAAGAAGGGGAAUGCAAGUUGUUCAUCUAAGAAACAAUAUCCAACAGUAAUAGAAGAGCUAUGCCAUCCCUUUUCCUUUCAUGAUCUUAGAAAGUCAACCAACAACUUUGACCAGAAACUAAUAAUUGGGGAAAGAGCCCUUAAUAAGGUUUAUAAAGGUUAUCUCAACCAUAAUAAUAAUAAUAAUGGUGCUGCUGCAACUGAUUAUACGGUGGCAUUGAAGGUGAUGACUGUUCCCCUUGAAUUCAAGAAGGAAGUCGAGAUGCUAUGUCAGCUUCAUCACCCAAAUAUAAUAUCUCUUAUAGGCUUCUGCCACCAUGGAAAGGAAAAGAUUGCUGUGUACGAGUACACAGACAAUGGAACACUCCAUGAUUACUUGAAUAACAAGGACAAAGAACCACUGUCAUGGGAGAAAAGACUAGACAUCUGCAUCGGAGUAGCACGUGCUCUACACUACCUUCACUCUGGAGUUAAGCGUGCAGUCUUUCAUCGUGACAUAAAUCCAAUUAAUAUUCUUUUGGAUAGGAAUAUGAUGCCCAAACUUGCCAAUUUUGUGAUAUCAUUGCAGGGAGGGCUCUCUACAUUGAAGCCAAAGCAAAUUAAAGUAGAUAAGAUUGUAGGUACAUCUGCAUUGAUGGCUCCGGAGUAUGCUAUACACGGUAUUGUUACUGAUAAAUGUGAUGUUUACUCCUUUGGUUUGGUUCUACUACACAUGGUAGGCCAUAAUGUGUUAAACUACUUAAUUCAAUACGAAGAGCACACUCUUGAGGAGACAAUGGAUCCAAUUCUGAAAGGAAAGAUUGCGCCAGAAUGUUGGCAAGUAUUCACUAGUGUCAUACAAAGUUGCUUGGAGUAUGAAGCAGAUGAGCGACCAACAAUGGGGGAAGUAUAGGUAUUGCUUGAGCAUGCUCUCUCGUUGCAGCAACAAGCUGAUAUUAUAAGGAAUGCUGCUUGCUAUACCUUAUCAUCCACUACCCCUUGUUAUUGUCAGACAGCGAUAUAAUAAUCAUGAAUCACUACCCAGAUAGUACUGGAUCUUUUUUUACUCCAAUCAUUAGUCUUCAACAGCUACACUCACCUAAUUAAUAGGUUUUAUGGCUGCUUUCUGUUCUUUAUUCUCGCUCUAAAAACACAGUACUUAUAGAUCUAACAUAGGUUUGCACUAAAUGAGACAUAUCCUGUUGCACUUGAUUUGUGGUGAUCUAUCGAUCACUAUGUAACAUAUCAAAUAGAUUAAGAAAAGAAAGAAUACGAGGAACUUAUUGCUAG